GGCCGGGGCCGGGAGCGGGGCGGCGGCGGAGCCGGAGGCAGCUCCGUAACGUGCGGCAGCCAUGGCAGAGGGCUCUGAGAAGGUGCCCAUCGCCCGAGCGGGGCCCGACGAUGUGGAGCAGUGCUUGCCCCCCACGUACACGGCGGCGGCGGCGGCGCCCGGCGCAGGGCGGUUGCUGAAGGCGGGGGCGGCGGUGCUGAUCGCUGGAGCCCUCCUGCUGCUGGCCGGGGCCAUCGGCGCCUUCUACUUCUGGAAAGCCACCGAGCGGCAGGUGUACAAUGUUCACUAUACUAUGAGCAUUAAUGGAAAAGUACAGGAUGGAUCAAUGGAAAUAGAUGCCAGAAACAACUUAGAGACGUUUAAAACAGGAAGUGGGAGUGAAGAGGCUGUUGAAGUUCAUGAUUUUCAUAUUGGCAUAACUGGGAUUCGUUUUGCUGAAGGAGAAAAGUGUUACAUCAAAGCUCAACCAAAAGCUCACGUCCCCAAAGUUGAUGCUAUGACUAAAGCAAGCCUCUCAUCUGAGCUGGAAGAUGAAAUCAUGCCUGCAAGAUUUGAUGAAAACUCCCUUAUCUGGGUGGCUGCAGAUGAGCCUAUCAAGCACAACAAUUUCCUAAGCCCCAAAAUUUUAGAGCUUUGUGGGGAUCUUCCAAUUUUCUGGCUGCGACCAACAUAUCCCAAAGCUGACCAAAGGAGAGAGAUGAAGAGAAACAGACGCCAAUCAGAGUCAAAUUUUGACAUGGAAGACUUGAAAGCUGCUAAUGAAGAAGUAAAUUCCAGGUCACCCACCAUGCAGCUGACUCAUGACCUUGAUCGUCAGCCUAAUGAAACCAGGCCAAUGGGACAAGACACUGAUCAAACACUUAAUCCAGACAACCCAUAUAAUCAACUGGAAGGUGAAGGGAUGGCUUUUGACCCCAUGCUGGAUCACCUAGGCGUGUGCUGCAUUGAAUGCAGACGGAGUUACACACAGUGCCAGAGAAUCUGCGAGCCUCUCAUGGGCUACUACCCAUGGCCUUACAACUACCAAGGCUGUCGUACUGCCUGCCGAAUCAUCAUGCCCUGCAGCUGGUGGGUUGCUCGCAUCAUGGGUGUUGUGUGAGAAGAACAAGUCAGAGCCUUGACAAAACAAACAGAGAUGCAAUGACGACAAGCUGGUAAAAGACUACAACCAAAGCAGCAGUACCAAUCCUGGCUUUUAAAAACCAAUCUGUGUGUUCCUGCACCAAAAGCAAGGUCAGGUAUUCUAACUGUACAUAAAAAUCUGAAGUUAAUCUUCUAUUAGCUUUACAAAUGACAAGGGCAUACUAGCACUUACUGAAUUAAAAAACUAAGAUAUCCUCCCCAAAAUGAAAUAUUAAACUUUGCUCACACGCUGGUUUAGCAGUCCAGAGGUUUGCUUAUCAAUCUAAAUUCAGCCUUUCAUAACUAAAGCCUUUCUUUCUGAGCUACAUGUGAAAAUUUACGUCCAAUUAGGCAACCAGCUCAACUUGUACACUUGGGGAGUACCUUUCAUCCAUGUGGCUUACUUAAAUAAAUCACAAGUUGCUCCCUGUUGCUAUUCAUACUGAGUUGCCAGGUCAUUAUGAAUGGUUAUAAACCAAUUACAGCAUACCUUUCCCACAAAGCUGCUCCGGGGGACACAGGAAAGUGCACAUUGUGCUACAUCAGAAACAAACGUCAGGAAAAGGGGCUGCAGAAGGGAAUGUGCGCGGCCGCAGAAUCAAAACCCUUCACACAUCCCAACAUCAAAGAAGCCCCAGCAGCAUGAAUCCUGUAUCCAUGAUACCACUGUAGUGUCUAACAAGUAUCUGCUAUCCAGCUACUACGACUAAAGUAUUUACAUGCAGUUGGAGACCAGAGUCUCAAGACCCUUCAGAAUCUACAACAGCCACUGUAUUUAUAAAGCCUUGAACUAGACACUUUUGACACAAGAUUACAACUCCUCUUUAUUCCACAUGGAUAGCAGCCAUUCACGCUAGCUCCUUUAGCUUUACUGAAGUUAACCUCCAUUCCCUGCAAGAGAAACUCCUUACCAGUAGGGAGGGAAGGGAAGGAAGGAAAAAAAAAAAAAGAGAAGAAAAAGAGGGGAAAAAAAGAAAAAGGUUUCUAACCUCAUCCUUUUUUGUUUAGGUGUGCUCUAAAAUAUUUAGGAUUAAUCCUAUGGCUUAUUAAAUCUCUAAGGAAGGUACUAAGCUGAAACACUCAAAGAUGGAAUGAUUUAGGAUUUCCAGACAUGAAAAAUAAAAAUAGUGGUAUUAUGCUGCCUUCAUCUAUACUGUAAGCCUUGAACCCUACCAUUAAAUUUAUGGAGAUAUCUGCACAGGCUUUAUAAAUGGAAUGGUCCAAUUUUUCUUAAAGUUCACUCUCUGGAGCCUUUAUUUUAGUGACUAAACAGCUCUUGAGAUGUUGCAAGCCCAGUAAUGUUAUUAACACUGUGAGACACACAGAAAAGAGGAAUUAAUUUGUCAUAAUCAUGGCUUAAAGACUAUAAAGACAACCUCAUGUGGAAUGCUAAACCGCCUAUCUCAAAAGCAAAGUGUUAAAUAAGAUGAGAAUAGAAUUCAGUAUUUUGUCCUUCUGGAGCAUUUUUAAAUACAAGUUUCAUGUUCCUUUCAUCUGAAGAACAGAUUUAAAUUAAAACUUCUCAAAGUGGGAUUUCAAGGCCUGAUAUAUUUGAGUUUCUGCUUUUUAAACUGGAGAUGACCUUGAUGACAUAGUUGUUUUAGAAGUACAUCAUUUGCAUGCUUAAAAAAGUGUUUUCCUUUUCUGUUUGUUUUUCUUUUUUACUGCAGAUUAAAUAAAUACAUUUAAA